AUGAAACAGUAUUUUCUCCGUCCUACAUUAAAACUGCUUGAGCGAAAAUGCUCCGUAACCUCUAAUGGCCUGAUUCAAAUAAUAAAUCAACAUAAUUAUUCUAAUGCUACUAUCGAAGAAAAUGAAGCUGUUAAAUUCAAGCGUUUUGCUAAUUACUGGUGGGAUCCUAGUGGAGACCUUAAACCGUUGCAUACAAUGAAUCGUUUACGUGUACCAUUUAUUCAAAAUGGUCUCUCUCCUUCAACUAUAGAGCCGAUAACUGGUUCAGUUUUUUUACCGUUAAAAGACAAAAAGAUAUUAGAUGUUGGCUGUGGUGGUGGUAUUCUAACAGAGCCCCUUUCUAUGCUAGGUGCACAGGUUUUGGGCAUAGACCAAGUUGAAGAGAGUAUAAAUUCAGCUAAAGAACAUGUUGAAGCAACUUCAUAUCGUUGGGUAACUCAUUCAAACUUACAGAAACCUGUUUAUCGGUUGGCUAGUUUACAGACAAUCGCUCAAGAAUCUCCGUGUCAUUUUGAUGCAGUUGUAGCAUCUGAAGUGUUAGAACAUGUAACAGAUUGGGAAGGCAUGUUAAAAAGCAUAACUGAUUGCUUAAAAUUAGGAGGGAUGCUAUUUGUGACGACAAUAAAUCAUACCACAACAUCAUUACUACUUGGUAUUGUUGCUGCCGAAUACAUAGUCGGCAUUGUUCCACGCGGUACUCAUGAAUGGAAUAAAUUCAUUGAACCAAGUCGACUACAGUUCGCUUGUAUUAAACAUGGCUUACAACCACGUCAAGUUAUUGGUAUGCAGUAUAAUCCAUUAACUUGUCGAUGGUCUUGGCGUUCAAAUUUAUCAGUAAAUUAUGCACUGAGUGCAAUGAAAGUUGCAGGUCAAAAGUUAUUGAUAUCAAUAACUUGUGCAGCCUAA